UAAAAAUAAAUUUAUUGAAUAGAAAUACCAGUGAACGCAAGUGAAGUGAGUAGUGAUGAGAGAGAUAUAGAUAUUGUAUCUCAAAGAUAGAUUCUAACUGUUGCAUACGUGACUGCAGGCAGCUACGAAAGUGAAAAUAGAAAUAAAAAUAAAAAUCAAAUCAGAAAUCGGAAUACCAAUCGGAUACAGUGAUGCCUCUGUCGCAGGGCUACUGGUCGAAGCCCUCGCUGCGCGCGAUGAAGGUGCUCCGCCAGGAGCAGCCCCCGCCAGCCGGCAGCCCACUACAGUGUUACCUGCCCCACGGCGACGGCCAGAACUCACUGCACUACCUGCUCGCCGAGUCCUUCGCCAAGGUGGGCAGUCUGCCCCAGGCCUUCGAUGUCUACGAGCUCAUAGCCAGCCGGCAGUUCGACGGCCACGUCCCCUUGGACAAGCUGAAUGCUUUGGCCAGUGCACUGACCUCCCACAUCCGGCAGAUGGGCGGCAUUGCCACCACGCCCACCGUUAAGGAUCCCAGCCCCAGGAUAUCGGCAGAAAGACUGGACCUGAUGCCCUGGUCGAGGUAUCACCAUCAUCAGGGCAAACAGAACCAGUCCGAGCAAAUGGAAUUCCUGCGCGGAGUGGGCAGUGAGUCCAUGAUGGGUGAGGCGGCGAGUGAGAAUCCCCUGGAUCUGCAUUCGCCCACGCGAGAACUAAGAGUUCCGAGUCCGCUGCAGGAUCUGGAGGACUACGAUCCGCUGUUGUGCCCCCUCUGCUGCGACAUCCUGCGCUGCCCGGUGACCACCAACUGUGGUCACACCUUCUGCCGCCAGUGCUGCGAGACGAUCACGCAGUGCAACAUCUGCCUGGUGCGAUUUCCCCGCAUCCAGGACUCGGCCGCAGGACCUCCAGGAGCACCGGUCUGCGCCCUGACCACCACCACUGCGAGUGGAGCGGGUUCUGGAUUUUUUGCGACGCCCUCGCCCUCCGCCAACCUCAGCCUGAUGAGCUUUCCCUCGGGCUAUGGCGUUCAGCUGGCGUCCAGUGUCCACCGCCUGGCGGCACCACCCAUGACAGUGACCACCACCACGGUGGCGUCCACCACGGCCACGGCCACCACCACCAUGGCCUCCACCUCGGCGGCCGCUGCCCUGGGCCUGAGUGGUUAUCCCUCCGCCCACCGAGGAGGCAGUGGCUCCAGCGCCAUGAAGUUCAUGCCCGACGUCCUCGUUCGCCGCCUGGUGGAGAAGUGGUGGGGCCCCGAUCUGCAGGCCAAGAAGAUCAGCGAGAAGGCCAGCAGCUGCAUGCACCUCAAUCUGCUCGACGACGCCCUCAAGUUCUGCAAUGCCAGCUUGGAAAAAGCGCCAGCAAACUUCAAGAGUCUCUGCCUGCGUGCUGAAGUCCUUCUAAAACUGAGCCAUUAUCAAAGUUCUCUAGCGGACAUCGAGAAUGCGUUGAGAACGCGCUGCACUUCGCCCAAAGCCCACUACUUGAGGGCUUUGGCUCUGAGCGGACUUGGCCGACUGGAGGAGGCUUUGUACAACGGCUUUUUGGCCAUUUGCCUUGAUAAGAAAACAAAUCUCAGCAACUCGGAAAUAUUUCAACAUGAUCUCGCCAAGAUUCUCCAACGUCUCCUGGCCCAAAUGCCGAACAAUCGUUCCUCGAUCAGCAGCGCAACGCCACCUGUUUUCCAGCAGCAACACCGCAGCUUCGCCACCUCCCGGGCACCGUAUCCUCUGCUCUGGGAGCAGGUGCGCAGGCGCAGGAAACAGCCGCACCACCACCACCACCAUCAUCACCACCAUCACCAUGUCCAUCUAGACGAUGUGGAGGAUGAGUUCGGUCAUUACGACAACUAUAUAAUGGCUGGCGACGACAUGGAGGAGGAGGUUGAAGUGGAGGUGGACGGCGGUGAGCCGGGAUCCCUGGAUCUGGAUGGAGACUUCCUCUUUCCGAGUGCCCUGGACUUUAUGGAUCACCAUCGCCAUCAGAGGCACGUCUUCGAGCAGAAGCAGUUCGAUCUGCAGCCCCGUCGCCAUGCCAACCGGAAACACUGCAAGCGGAAAUGGUCGGCGGUCAUGGAACCGCUGGGUGGCAAGCUCAUCGAGGAGGAGGAUGUGGAUCCCGCGGAGGCAGCAGGCGAAAGUCAGCGGUGCAGUCGGCUGUUCGCCGGCGUUCUGGAGCGCACGCAGCAGGAGCUGCAGCGACUGAGAAAGCUGGACGGAUCGGGUGCAUCGACGGCGGUGAGUUCGGUGGCCGGUCAGCUGAUCGACGCCAGCGACUUUGACUGCGUGGUCUGCAGCCGGACUCUUUGGAAGCCGGUGGUGACCCCCUGCGGACACACGUACUGCCUGGUAUGCUUGGAUCGUUGCAUGGAUUACAACUCCCCGUGUCCAUUGUGCAUGUCACCACUUGUGGAGUUCAAUGUCAAUGCCAGUGCCAGUCAGAAUCCGAAUCCGAAUCAGAAUCAGAUCCACCUGCAUCCGGGCUCAUCCUCGCCAGUUCCUUUCGCGCUGGCCAAGCGGCCAGUGACGAAGUUCCUAGAAGCCGCAAUGAAACGAUUCAUUCCAGACCACUACGAGGCGCGUUUCCGGCAGGAGAUCGACCAGGAGCCCUCGGUGCCGGUGUUUAUCUGCACGGCCGCCUUUCCGGCGGUUCCCUGUCCGCUCUUCGUCUGCGAGCCCCGCUACCGCCUGAUGGUCCGUCGAGCCGUCGAGUCGGGGGACAAGACCUUCGGCAUUGUGCAGCCGAAUGGCGGCAAGUCGCGCUACUACGACGUGGGCACCAUCCUGGACAUCCGGGACUGCGUCCAGCUGGGCGACGGCUGCUCCAUCCUCAGUACGAUCGGCUGCAAGCGCUUCAAGAUCCUGGCGCGCAACGAGAAGGAUGGCUAUGAAACGGCCAAGGUGGAGUACAUAUGCGACGAGCCAAUUGCCGAUGAGCAGGUGAAAAUCCUGGCCGGGAUGCAGGGAGUGGUGCUGGCCAAGGCCAGCGGAUGGUUCGAGAGCCUGAGCACGGAGCAGAAGCACGAGAUCCUGCAGAGCUACGGAAGGAUGCCGCCGCUGGAGCCGAACUGGGAGCUGAUCAGCGAUGGACCGGCGUGGGCGUGGUGGGUCAUAGCCCUGCUGCCCCUCUCCCAGCAGCUGAAGGUGGACAUUCUGGCCACAACCUCGUUGGAGAAGCGACUGCGUGCCAUCGGCAAGACGCUCGACUGGCUGCACGACCUGAGCCACCCACAGCAGCCGCCGCACCACCCACUAAACCACCACCAGCAGGCGCCGCAAUCGCCGCAGCAGGCCCAUCAUCUCGAUCUCGACUGCGAGGAGCAGGAGGCCGCCUCGUCCGGCUCGGAUGAGUGCUGCCUCUUUGCGGAAACCGGCAACGAGCCGCACACGGACGAGGAACUGCUCCUCUAAGGGCGAUCCCCCAAUAAGUAGUAGAAAAAAAGAGAGAAAUUAUAAGUCAGAUAUCUGCAGGAAAAAACACCUUUUUUGUAAAUUCUGUGUCUAAGCCAUUUCGUUUCGUAAUCGAACGUUACUUGUUAAUCCUAGGGGCCAAAACCGAAAGCGAAGCAACUUUAGCAGAACCAAAAUUAUCACUAGAUCAGCAACAUAAUCUUUAGCUCUAACCUAUAACUUUGUGUGUGUAAUGUAUAGUGUAAAUGUGUGUAAAAAACAACUAGAGAGCAAACCAGAGAUAUUUGUUUAGCAGCAAAAAAAAUAAGGAAAAAGUACCCGAAACACCAGUGAAACAAUCAAACCCUGCUUUUGGCUCGAGCCCUCGCCCAAAAUACCCAUAAAUGUUAACUUUAUUUCCCUCGAUCGAUACAACCACAUUCCACAAAUCUUGAAAAUACGUUUGCCAUAGCAAGAGGAGCAAAGGAAAGGAAAUAAGCCAGAAGAUGAAAUAAAAUAAAAUCUCUAACAAAUAAAACUCAUGGUUUCUACAAACAAAAUACACAAAUUUUUGAACAUAAAACAAUUUUAAAAUUACUAAUAAAAUAAAAUACCAAGUCAAAGGCCAACAAACAUACACCUAGAUAACAAAAACAAACCAAUCGGAUAGGAAAGAGCCAAGGAAACAAACUCUUAAAACAAAGUCUAACUUCUUUUCAUUUACUUUGUAUAAAGCGGCUGGAACUCUAAGACAAUCUGCAAUAUUUUUUUGAUAUACCUAAACGAAACUAAAACUAUAUAUACAAGAAGUAAUUAAAUGAAAACUGAACUAGCAUCUAGUUAUGAAGGAAGUGAGUGGGAGAACCAAUGUGUAAAGAAAUUUCAAAUUAGCCCUUUGUUGAUUACCACCCCUUCACUACGAACUCACUCUAAACUCCGCCCCCUCUCUAUAACACCCCUACUCUCUCUUGAUUAUGCUUAGGCUAACUAAAGAUAUGCUCACCUAUAUAUACCUAAAUAUACUAUUCUAUAUGCCUAAUGCUUAUUUCUGUAUUCGUAUCUGUAUCUUCAGCCCGCAUUCCUAUUGAAGAGAUAACUUUGAUAUAACUUUGAGAACAUUAGCUAGAUCUACUUUGACGAUGAUUUCUUCUACUUCUAAGCCUCACGCUCAUUUUGUUUAAUCUUUUUCAACCUUUAAAGCUCUCCCUAUAAAGCAAAUCAAUUUUAAAAACAACAAUUUGCUUUAUCAGUCGGCACAUCUUUAUCUUUGUAAAUAUCUUUUAUCAGAUAAUCCUUAAAUUAUAUGUAUAUCUUCUACGUUAGCUAUAGAGAACGAAUUUAAUUUUCAGCUCAACACAAAAUAAUUAAAUAAAUCAACAAUUUUUGUCAACUAAAUAUUUAUGUAAUUUUAUACAAAAUAUACACAUACGUCUAAAUUAAAUCAUUUUGUAUUAAGUUUAGAAACUAAACACAAACCAACCCAAAAUUUGACAUCAUUUUUUUGUGUCUACUUUAUAUGGAGAAAUAAUAAUGUAAAUCUACAUGAAAAUAUAAUUCAAAUUUGUAAAAUUCUUAAGGUAAAUUUC